AUGCAAGGCUCGAUUCCUUACCUACGUACACAUUUCAAAAAUAUGCACGAGUGUGCUUGUGCCGUCAAAGGAAUGACGCUUCAGCGAGCACAAACAUAUUUGAAGAACGUUAUUGAAAAGAAAGAAAUCAUUCCUUUCCGUAAAUUCAAUGGCGGUGUUGGUCGACACGCUCAAGCGAAAGUUUGGAAGACAACUCAAGGUAGAUGGCCCAAAAAGUCUGCACAGAUGCUUCUCCAACUUCUGCACAAUGCCUUCAGCAAUGGAGUAUACAAAGAUAUCAAAGGAGGUGAAGCCAGUCGUUUGUACAUAAAACACAUUCAGCUCCAAAAAUGA